AAGUUGAAAAAUAACCCUAAGUGUUCAAGAUGUACAAAACAUUUUUGGGUUUGUUGUUGUUUUGUUUCGUUUUGGUGAUUUUUGCUGAGGAUGAAGAAUUAAUCCAAGAUAAAAAGAUCGCUAAGCGUGGUCUUUUAUAUGGUGGUUAUGGGGGGUAUGGUGGAUAUGGAGGUUAUGGAGGAUAUGGGGGAUAUGGAGGUUAUGGGUUUGGUUAUGGAUACCCAUAUUCUUACGGAUAUCAUUCUCCGUAUUAUUCAAAAUAUUACGGAGGUGGUUUCGGACACGGUUAUUAUUAUCCAUCGUAUUCUUAUUCGAGUUUUGGAUUAGGACAUGGUUUGGGUUAUGGAUAUGGUCAUGGAUGGUACUAAAUCAAAAAGAAAUUUCGGUUAUGUAUAUGGUACUGUAAAUAUUAAGUUUAAAACAUUUUAUUUUCAAUUUUUAUACAUUUUAGUCUUAAAAAGCAAUAAUUUUCGGAACAAUACAUUUUUCUUCUAAUAAACGUUAUCUUUUAUUAAACACUAAUCUUAACCAUUUCGCUUUCACCCUUUUGCGUUCUAACGUAAAUAUAAUUACGAGCAAUUUUCGGUGAACACAGGUUUUUACUCUCAGCCAUAAAAGGACCUCAGUAUGAAUUUUUUUAUAGCCCAUAAUUUUUAGCUUUAGUGUAAAAGUCGCAAUGAUGUAGUACACUUUGCUAUUUUUUUUUGUUUUGAACUUUUCCGUUGACGGUAAUAUCCAUUUAGCACAAAUUGUGUUUGUGAACAAACUUUCUAAUUGCUUCAAUCAGAGCAAAAUCCAUGUGCCAUUGUCGGCGAUUUCGCUUUUCACUAAUUUUUUCCAUUGCGUAACGUGUUUUCUUGGGUCACGGCGGUGACCACACCCCGAAGAGAGUUUUAACUCUGGAUACGAUUCAAGAAGCGGUUAACAUAAAAGCGAGCAAGAAGAAAGUUUCAAAAUUUAUUUUGCUCAUUUUUUAACGUCGCUUUCGUUUUAUUCUUUUGGGAUCAAAAGAAAAUUUUUAUUCCGGAUUAAAUGAACGAUAUUGAAAGAGGAAAAAGACGAGGUAUUAUUCCGUGUAGAGGUGCGCAACGUAGCGCAGAAUGUGGAUGUGUUACGCUUCAGAUCCUCCUUCUCUCGAGUGCAUUGCUCCAACGGAGUAUUUCCUCUUUUUAAAAUUAACGUGCGAUGCAUUUCACUACGAUAUUGAAUUUUUACGCUCGCGCCAUUUCGUAAAAUUUUAUCGCAGCUAAUACAUACACACGAGAAAAGAAAUCUUGUACUCCACAAAAGAUAACGACGUGAUGAAUAAUAUUAAAAAAAUUCCUUCGAUAACUUUCACAUAACGCGUCAUAUGUAAAGCGUACAACCAAGUAGAAAAUUAAAAUAAACUAAAAUUGAUCGAAUCGUAUCCAUAUUAAUAAUGUAUUCUUAUUAAUCACAAUAACAAAUCUAUCUUAAACUAUAAGCAGUCCAAACAUGAAAUCCAUGCCCUGCACCAUGCCCCCCAUUAUCCAAUCCAACUCCAAACCCUCCAAUAUGACUCUUAAAAACAUUAACGUGACUAUCCGGAUGCGAAUGGUGCUGCGUCGUCACUAAAACUCCAGCAGUCGGAAUCAAAACGUGAUGAACAUGACCGGGAAUAAAAGCGUGAUGUUCUACGUGGCCCGGAAUCCAUUCGUCCCUAAAAUUAUUACCGCCCCCGUGAUGUAUUUUUGUGACAGAUUUUUUUAUCUUUAAAACUGGGACGUCGUGAAAGGUGUGGUAGACCUCUUCAAGAGAAGCGUGUCCGUGUUCUAAACCAACAACUCGGUUCAAAUAAACGAUUACCAGUAAUAAAACGAACUGUAAAACGAAACAAAAAUUCUACUUGAAAAUCGGUUUGGAAAUCUUGCAAAUUAGCAUCUUAGAUUAUAAUAAGCCAAUUAUAUGUAAUACCUUGCAAAAAGAUACACGCAUCUCGUCUCGGGAACUAUGUCACUUUCGACGCUCGCGUUCUUGAGCAGUUCGAACGAGUUUGUGUUUAUAUUUUGAGGUUUUAUUAAACAUCUAUCUGGUUUUUUUGACCUGAAUACUUUCUAAUUAGUAGUUGUAAAGAUAUUUUUAUGUCAAAGCAU